UAAUUCCCCCAAGCGCGGGCUCCGCUUCGCGCAUGCGCUCCACACCCGCGGCCCCGGCGCAAGAUGGCGGCGGCGGGGCGGGCGAGGCGGAGGUGGGGCGGCGGCGGUGGCGGACGCAGCGGUGCCCGGUGCCUGCAGCCCCUGGCCUCACGCCCAGCCGCCCCCGCGGGCCAGGCGCGGGACGCCCCGCUAUGAGGAUGCGGCCCCGGCGCGCCAGCGGCGAGCACGGAGCGACGGCCACGCGUCCCGCCAGGCAGCCCGCCACCUGUGGUUGCUGAGAAAUGGCCAAUGAGAAUCACAGAAGCCCUGCGGAGGAAGCGUCUCUCAUGAGUCACUCACCUGGCACCUCCAACCAGAACCAGCCCAGCUCCCCCAAACCCAUGCGCCUGGUACAGGACCUGCCAGAUGAGCUGGUGCAGGCUGGCUGGGAGAAGUGCUGGAGCAAGCGGGAGAACCGCCCCUACUACUUCAACCGCUUCACCAACCAGUCUCUGUGGGAAAUGCCUGUGCUGGGACAGCACGAUGUCAUAUCAGACCCUCUGGGACUGAACGCGGCUCCAAUGCCACUGGAAGGUGGGGUGGCAGAUGCUUCUGUGGAGAGCAAGCAGAGGAAGAGGAGGUUCUCAGAAGAGGUUCCACCAAGUGGCAACAGUGUGAAGAAGCCCAAGGCGGAUGUCCCAGGGAACUCAGCUGCUCAGCCAGUCCCCAGCUCUCCCAGUAUUCCAGGAACCUCUGUUUUGAAGGCAUGGUGUGUUUCACCUGAAGACAAACAACAGGCAGCUCUUCUACGACCAACAGAAGUAUACUGGGACCUGGAUAUUCAGACAAAUGCUGUGAUUAAGCAGAGGGCACCAUCAGAAGUGCUUUCUCCACACCCCGAGGUGGAGCUGCUUCGGUCCCAGCUCAUUCUCAAGCUGCGGCAGCAUUACCGUGAGCUCUGCCAGCAGAGAGAAGGGAUUGACCCCCCAAGGGAGUCAUUUAAUCGCUGGAUGUUGGAGAGGAAAGUGGUUGAUAAAGGGACAGAUCCUCUUUUACCGAGUGACUGCGAGCCAGUAGUGUCUCCUUCCAUGUUCAGAGAGAUCAUGAAUGACAUUCCCAUCAGGUUAUCCAGAAUUAAGUUCCGAGAGGAAGCCAAGAGGCUGCUCUUCAAGUAUGCUGAGGCUGCGAAACGACUGAUUGAAUCCAGGAGUGCUUCCCCAGACAGCAGGAAGGUGGUGAAGUGGAAUGUGGAGGACACCUUCAGCUGGCUGCGACGGGACCAUUCUGCCUCCAAGGAGGACUACAUGGACCGCCUGGAGCACCUACGCAAACAGUGUGGGCCCCACGUGUCUGCUGCAGCCAAGGACUCUGUUGAAGGCAUCUGCAGUAAAAUUUACUACAUAUCCCUGGAAUACGUCAAGCGCAUCCGGGAGAAGCAUCUUGCCAUACUCAAAGAGAACAAUAUCUCUGCUGAGGUAGAAGCUCCUGAGGUCCAGGACAGGCUGGUGUACUGCUACCCCGUGAGACUGGCCAUCCCCUCGCCGCCACUGCCCAGCGUGGAGAUGCACAUGGAGAACAACGUGGCGUGCGUGCGGUACAAGGGGGAGAUGGUCAAAGUCAGCCGCAACUACUUCAGCAAGCUGUGGCUUCUUUAUCGGUACAGCUGCAUCGACGACUCAGGCUUUGAAAAGUUCCUGCCCAGGGUUUGGUGCCUUCUGCGUCGAUAUCAGAUGAUGUUCGGUGUGGGGCUGUAUGAAGGGACUGGUCUGCAAGGGGCACUUCCCGUGCACAUCUUUGAAGCCCUCCACAAGCUCUUUGGAGUGAGUUUUGAAUGCUUUGCCUCGCCCCUGAAUUGCUAUUUUAAACAGUACUGUUCAGCCUUCUUGGACACAGACGGGUAUUUUGGAUCCAGGGGCCCGUGCCUGGAUUUCUUCCCUAUAAGUGGUUCUUUUGAGGCAAAUCCUCCAUUCUGUGAGGAGCUGAUGGACGCCAUGGUCUCUCACUUUGAGAAACUGCUGGAGAGCUCCAGCGAGCCGCUCUCCUUCAUUGUGUUCAUCCCUGAGUGGCGGGACCCCCCCACGCCAGCGCUGACGCGCAUGGAGCAGAGCAAGUUCAAGCGACACCAGCUCAUCCUGCCCGCCUUCGAUCACGAGUACCGCAGCGGGUCCCAGCAUGUCUGCAAAAAGGAGGAGAUGUACUACAAGGCUGUGCACAACACAGCCGUCCUCUUCCUGCAGAACAGCGCCGGCUUUGCCAAGUGGGAGCCCACGCCGGAGCGGCUGCAGGAGCUCGUUGCAGCCUACAAGCAUUCAGGCCGAACCCUCAGCUCCUCGUCUUCCUCCUCCUCGUCCUCAUCCUCCUCCUCCUCCUCCACAGCGGACAAAGAGCGGGAGCUGGGCCGAGAGCAGAGCAGCAGCCGAGAGACUAAUCCCAACUAAGGCAGAGGCACGAGGCAGCAGGGGAGGUGCCGGUGGCCCCGGGGGAGGCUGGCCGGGGCAGCAGAGACUGCUGGCUGCGCAGCACGGCCCGGGACUCCUGCGCAGCAGCUCCAUGGCACCUGCUCUCCUCUGCGAACUGCACGCCAGCCCCCAGGAGCCGGGAGCGUCCGGCGGCCGGUGGGAGAGGAGGCUCAGCCACAGCCCUCAGCAGGGGCGAGGAGCUCAGUGUGGCGCGGCAGGAGGAGCCGGCGGCUCCGCGACACCGGAGCGCCGAGGGAAGGGACAGCCAGAGCUGGACGCACGCGUGGGCAGGCAGAAGGACGGCGGGACGGACGGACAGAGGGAUGGAUGAUGGUGGCAAGCGCGAGUGCUGGGCGCUGAGCGCCGCGGCCGGAGGGGCCCCGGCAGGAGAGGGACGGGCAGAGCCCGGGGGCUCCUGCGGCCGGACUGCCCGGCACGGCUCCGUGUCCAUAGUGUAAAUAGUUCUGUCUGCGGCGCCCACGCUCCUCGUGGGGCUGCUCCCAUCGCAUCUGUGUUUCUUUCUCAUGUGUGAGUCCUGUGUUCGCUGACAUUGUGUCCCAGAGGGGAGGAGCAGAGGAGAAGAGUUUCUUUGGUGUGUAAAGAUGUCUUUGCAGCUGUUUUGUAGUCAUUGUGGUUUUUAUGCGGAGCCUCCGGGCUUUAUUUAACCUUCUUGGGUUUUGUUUUGUAAGGAUUAAUUUAACACCGCUAACCAUUUUAUUACUUUUAUCAAGAAGAGCAAAAUCUAUUUUUGAUUUCUGUUUCCUAGUUCUUAGGAACAUUAAAACCAGCAUACAGCCCUG